AUGGGCAUGGCACAGAACACAACAAUCCCAGUUAAAGUGGGAGUGGUUCUGGACUUGGAUACAUGGGUUGGGAAGAUGGGGUUGAGCUGCAUCUCCAUGGCCCUCUCAGACUGGUAUGCCUCUCAUGGCCACUACAAAACCAGGGUGAUUACAAAAAUCAGAGACUCACAAAGAGAUGUUGUUGGUGCAGCUGCAGCAGCUCUCGACCUUUUACAAAAUGAAGAAGUGGAAGCCAUAAUAGGGCCGGGAUCAUCGAUGCAGGCCAACUUUAUGAUCGGUCUUGGAAGCAAAGCUCGGGUGCCCAUCAUUUCAUUUUCUGCAACAAGUCCUUCUCUUUCUUCGCUCCAGAGUCAAUAUUUUGUCCGAGCCACCCUAAAUGACUCAGCUCAAGUACCAGCAAUAAAGGCAAUUGUCCAAGCCUUUGGAUGGAGAGAAGUUGUGCUUAUUUGCGUGGACAAUGAGUAUGGCAAUGGAGUCAUACCGUCUCUGACUAGUGCCUUGCAGGAGGUGGACACCCAUGUGACCUACCGGAGCGCCAUUCAUCUAUCGGCAACUGAUGAUCAAAUCGUUAAAGAACUUUACAAGUUGAUGACGAUGUCAACUAGGGUUUUCAUUGUGCAUAUGUUUACACCUCUUGGCUCCCGGCUUUUUACCAAAGCAAAUGAGGUUGGAAUGAUGGAAGAAGGCUAUGUUUGGAUACUAACUGAUGGGAUGACUGACUUCUUGAGUACUUUGGACCCUUCAGCCAUUGAUUCCAUGCAAGGGGUGUUGGGCGUCAAGCCUCAUGUUCCAAGAACCAAAGAGCUUGACAGUGUUAAAAUCAGAUGGAAAAAGAAAUUCCAAGAAGAAUAUCCAAUCAAUGAAAUCUCUGAGCUGAACAUUUUUGGACUCCGGGCAUAUGAUGCUGCUUCUGCACUAGCCAUAGCAGUUGAAAAACUUAGCGUGGGAAACUUCAGCUUCCAAAAGACUAAUAUUUCCAGAGAUUCAAUCAGUCUUGAGAGUAUUAGAGUUUCCCCAAUUGGACCAAAUAUUCUCCAUUCACUAUUAAGUACUCAAUUCAGAGGCCUUACCGGACAUUUUCAAAUUGUAGAUGGGCAACUACACUCAUCAGCUUUCCAGAUAGUUAAUGUGAAUGGUGAAGGGGAAAAAGGGGUUGGAUUUUGGACACAAGAGAAUGGAAUUGUAAGAAGACCGAAUUCUACUUCUAAGGUCAAUCUAAGAGCCAUUACAUGGCCAGGAGAAUCUACUUCUGUUCCUAAAGGUUGGGUGCUUCCUACCAACGGAAAGAAGUUGAAGAUAGGAGUUCCAGUGAAGGAGGGUUUUAGUGAAUUUGUGAAGGUGAUGCGAGAUCCUAUCACUAAUACAACAAAGGUCACUGGCUACUGCAUUGCUAUCUUCGAUGCCGUAAUGGCAACAUUACCAUAUGCUGUUCCUUACGAAUACGUUCCCUUUGAGACACCUGAUGGAAAUGCUGCUGGUAACUACGAUGAAUUGAUAUCUCAAGUAUAUUUUCAGAAGUAUGACGCUGUGGUGGGAGAUACUACUAUUCUAGCGAACAGGUCCUUGUAUGUAGACUUCACACUACCUUACACCGAGUCUGGCGUAUCAAUGAUGGUGCCCAUCAUCGAUAACAGAAGUAAAAGUGCAUGGGUCUUUUUGAAGCCAUUAACUUGGGACCUUUGGGUGACAAGUGCUUGUUUCUUUGUCUUCAUUGGCUUUGUGAUUUGGACUCUUGAACAUCGAAUAAAUGAAGAUUUCAGAGGGCCUCGUUCACAUCAAGUUGGCACAAUUUUCAGCUUCUCCUUCUCAACAUUGGUGUCUGCUCAGAAGGAGAGAAUUGUCAGCAACUUGGCUCGGUUCGUGGUGAUCAUAUGGUUUUUUGUGGUGCUGAUUCUUACUCAAAGUUACACGGCCAGCUUGACUUCGAUGCUAACGGUUCAACAGCUCAAACCGACUAUAACUGACAUAAACGAGCUCAUAAGAACAGGGCAGCGCGUGGGCUACCAAAAUGGCUCCUUCAUUCUUGCAUUUUUGGAACGGAUGAAAUUCCAUGAAUCGAACCUUGUAAUAUACAAUUCUCUUGAACAAUUAGAUGAAUUAUUUUCAAAGGGGAGCCAAAAAGGUGGCAUUGCUGCUGCAUUUGAUGAAAUCCCUUACAUGAAGCUUUUUCUAGCAAAAUAUUGCUCCAAAUAUACUGCGGUUCAGCCAACGUACAAGUUCGAUGGUUUUGGAUUUGUCUUCCCAAAGCAUUCGCCUCUGGUUUCUGACGUUUCAAUGCAAAUCUUAAAUGUGACUGAGGGAGAUCAAAUGGCGAAAAUUGAGCAAGCAUGGUUUGGGCAGAAUUCGAGUUGCCCAGGGCUCAACAGCUCGCUGUCUUCAGACAGCAUCGGAGUCGAUAGUUUUUGGGGCCUAUUCCUUAUUGCUGGAGUGGCUUCAUCUGCAGCUCUCAUCAUACGCAUGGCCACUUUCCUUUAUGAAAACACAGAUACUUUGGUACAAUUGGAUCCCCCAGCUUCAGUAUGGAGAAAAAUUAAAGCCUUGGCAACCCUCUUUGAUAACAAGGACCUCAGCUCCCAUAAUUUCAGAAAAAGUGAAAUGGGAGAUAGAAGUGGCACCAAUGGCAUGGAUGCAGCGACUGCCUCUCCAGCCACAAACUACCCGCCGAGUCCAUCAAGCCUUUCAGUCCAAACACAGAGUAAUUUUGCUUUCUCCAGAGACCAAGCAACACCUGCUUCCGAAUAUGGUGAUCAAAUGAGUCCAAAUGGGCAGACACCUCCUGAGAUAGCAUUUGGUAUCGAGCUUGCCAAUUCAAAGCAAGAGCUGAAAGUACCUGAAGUAGUUCAUGUGAAUAACUGAUUAUACCCUACUGUGUAUUUCACAGAAAAGUAGCACAAUGACUCUGGCCUAAUUCAGUUGACGUUUGAAUUUAGGUCAACUCCAUGUGCAUAUUAUAAAGGAUCUGUGCCUGUAUGAAUUAACGAAGAUGAUCAAGGGAAAAAAUUACUUAAGAUGAUGAACAGUAGUGAUGUGCUGCCAAUUCAU